AAAAUCUCCAUAGCCCAAGCACAAGAUUUCACACUGAUGACGUUAUGUAUUUUCUCUUGUUUUUUGCCAAGGUUUUUAGACCUGCCUUCCUUUUGCAUUGCUUCUUUUUUCUUCUUUUUUAAAUUUUGUUGCUAUUAUUAUUAUUAGCGCUCUUUGUUCUCCGUAUUUGUAUCAACCUCUACUUACAAGAUAUACAAACACUCACGCACACACGAAACAAGCACUUUGCCUGACAUGGAAUACAUUCAACAGAAACUGAAACAGCAGCACCAUCAUACAGCGGUGCCAGAAUACUACUGGGGCGAGGCAACAUCGACUAUCGACUGGUGUGAGGAAAACUAUGUGCUAUGCAAAUACAUCGCCGAGUUUUGGAACACAGUGACUAAUCUUGUGUUUAUGGCGCUAGCAGCGUACGGAAUAUGGAAAGUGCGGUCGACAAAGCAGGAAAAUCGAUUCGUUUUCUGCUACAUUGGAAUGCUAAUUGUUGGCAUUGGCUCGUGGCUGUUCCACAUGACACUCCAAUACCAGUGGCAGCUUGCCGACGAACUCCCAAUGGUGUACUGCACAUGUAUUUGCAUCUAUUGCGCUCUGCGCGCUGACGUCAAGACUGGAUCAGGCGUCUUUGUCACGCUGGCACUCUUCGCCUACUCGGCAAUUGUCACUUUGGUUUACCUCCAAAUUCGCGAGCCAGUGUUCCACCAGAUAGCAUACGGCCUGGAGGUGUUCCUUGUCCUCAUCCGCAGCAUGAUGCACCAGAUUGAGAUCAAAAAGACCAACCAGCGGGCGUACAAGGAGAUGCAGAAUUUGUUCUGGCUCGGCGUCGGAGCCUUUGGCGUGUCAUUCGCAUUGUGGAAUGUCGACAACAUAUUCUGCCCCCAGCUGCGUGCCAUGAGAAACGUACUGCCCGGUGUGUUGGCCCCGCUUCUCCAGCUGCAUGCAUAUUGGCACAUUGGCACUGCUCUGGGGUGCUACGUCAGUAUUGUUUACCAGCAGUACUUGCGCCUGGUCAUGCUCAACAAGAUCGACAAUUAUCGCUUGCGCAGGCUAGUGCUCGCCGUCCGUAUAUCGAAUUGAUCAAAAAAACUGAAAAGACCGAAUGACUUUGCGCUUUAAAUAAUUAAAUAGCUAAAGUUGUUAUGGUUGUGUCGCAGCCCAAUAAAACAAUGUAACUUUUGUU